AUACUGCAGUGGUCUUGGGGAUCUCUCUGCGAUCGUGCAUAAUACGAUCGGGCACUAACACCUUCCAUAAGAGUUGUUGCGUUGUCACGGCGUCACGCUGUGACAAACCAAUGUACAGGCGGGAAGUAGCGCCGGCCACCUUCAUUACAGCAUUGAGGUUCUCACCUGCCUACUGCUUAGGUCAAGCUUGCUCACUCUCCUUUUUUUCCUCAAAUUAUUGGAACAAUUUGAAGAACUCAAAAUGCCACCGAAGAAACAGGCGGGAGGCUCGAGCUCGAGUUCGAAGGCAAAGGAUGACAAGACAUUCGGGAUGAAAAAUAAAAAUAAAUCUGCGAAGGUCCAGAAACAAAUCGCCGCGAUCGAGAAGGGGCAACAGACCGCAGGCAAGUCUCGUGCUACCGUUGAGAAGGAGAAGGAAAAGGCUAUGCGAGAGAAAGCCAAACUAGAGGAAGAGAAGCGUCGAAAGGAGGAGGCAGCGCUCUUCAAACCUGCUCAAACACAGAAGGUUCCGCUCGGCGUUGAUCCCAAGACCGUGCUGUGCGCGUUCUACAAGGCUGGCCAUUGUGAGAAGGGGGCCAAGUGUAAAUUCAGUCAUGAUAUGAACGUUGGCCGAAAGGUGGAGAAGAAGAAUUUGUAUGAGGAUGGUCGAGAAGACAAGUUGGCAGAUACCAUGGAUAAGUGGGAUGAGGAGAAGCUUCGGAAUGUCGUUCUGUCCAAGACCGGCAACCCAAGAACAACGACCGAUAUUGUCUGCAAAUUCUUCAUCCAAGCAAUCGAGUCCGAGAAGUUCGGUUGGUUCUGGGAAUGUCCAAACGGCGAAUUAUGUCAAUACCGGCACGCAUUACCGCCUGGAUUCAUGCUCAAGUCACAACGGAAGGCUGCCGAAGAGGCUGAGAAGGCGAAUAUCAUUAGUUUGGAGGAGUUCCUGGAAGUAGAGCGACAUAAACUCGGAACACACCUGACUCCGGUCACACCGGACACAUUCGCCAAAUGGAAGCGAACGAGGAUGGACAAGAAGUUGGCAGAGGAGGAGCUGCAGAGGAAAACGAAGGAUGCUCAAGCAGCUGCUGGUAAGAACAGUGGUAUGAGUGGACGAGAUCUCGUAAGUUGGCUUCUCAUCUAUCUUCUCUCGAAAUGGAUUCUAACCAUGGUGUUUGUGCCUAGUUCACGUACAACCCAGAGUGGUUCCAAGACGAAGAGGAAGAAGAGGAAGAGUGGGACCUCGCACAGUACCGACAGCAAGAAGAGGAGGCUAUCGCUGCAGAAGAGAGGCGAAUCGCGGACCUGCAACUUGACGACAACUCACUAUCUGUCAAUGGUGGGAGCAGUAGUGGGGGCGACUGAACUUGCUAACACUUUUUACCAUGUACACUCAUGCUUCCAAGCACCAUCGAGUCUUGUAUCACCUCUUUCGUCGUAUCUCUACUAUGCACGCAUGUAUCAGUAUGAUUGAAAAUAAGAAUACAUAAGCAAUACUCUGAGCACGAAUACAAGAAAAUCUACUCCUCAUCACUACCAUAAACCGCAAGCCCAAGU